GAGGGAAAGAGAAAGAAAGGAGGAGGAGAAAAAAAGCAAACUGCUGCAAAGCUGAGCUGCAGAGCAAAGCAAACAAACUUUGAAAAUAAAGGGGGAACAGGAAGUUUGGCAACGGUGUCCAAUAGAUAUGGCAAUGGUAGUCGGUGCGUGGCGAGACCCCCAGGACGAUGUGCCCGGAGCUCAGGGAACGCAGCCAGCGCCCGCCCCGCCGGUGCAGGGCCCCCCGGCCGGGACCCCGCACACCCCGCAGACCCCGGGGCCCGGCGGCCCCCCCAGCACGCCAGCGCAGAGCAACGCGGCGAGCCAGCAGAGCCAAGGGGACAAGCAGCAGCAGCAGCAGCACAUUGAGUGCGUGGUUUGUGGGGACAAGUCUAGUGGCAAACACUACGGCCAGUUUACCUGCGAGGGUUGCAAGAGUUUCUUCAAGCGGAGUGUAAGGAGGAAUCUCAGCUACACUUGUCGUGCCAACAGGAACUGUCCCAUUGACCAGCACCACCGCAAUCAGUGUCAGUACUGCCGCCUCAAAAAAUGCCUCAAAGUUGGCAUGAGACGGGAAGUUUCUUCUUUAUUCACUGCAGCGGUCCAGAGGGGCAGAAUGCCACCCACACAGCCAACUCACGGUCAGUUCGCCUUGACAAACGGGGACCCUCUCAACUGCCAUUCCUACCUAUCCGGAUAUAUCUCCCUUCUUCUGAGAGCAGAGCCCUACCCCACCUCCCGCUUUGGCAGUCAGUGCAUGCAACCCAACAACAUCAUGGGCAUCGAGAACAUUUGCGAACUGGCAGCUCGGAUGCUCUUCAGCGCGGUGGAGUGGGCCAGGAAUAUCCCCUUCUUCCCAGACCUGCAGAUCACAGACCAGGUGGCCCUGCUCAGGCUGACCUGGAGCGAGUUGUUCGUGCUCAACGCCGCCCAGUGCUCCAUGCCCCUCCACGUAGCCCCGCUGCUGGCAGCCGCCGGCCUCCACGCUUCGCCAAUGUCUGCUGACCGAGUGGUCGCCUUUAUGGACCACAUACGAAUCUUCCAAGAGCAAGUAGAAAAACUGAAAGCGUUGCAUGUCGACUCCGCAGAAUAUAGCUGUUUAAAGGCCAUAGUCCUCUUCACCUCAGAUGCCUGUGGUCUCUCUGAUGUAGCCCAUGUUGAAAGUUUACAGGAGAAGUCACAGUGUGCUUUGGAAGAGUAUGUUAGGAGCCAGUAUCCCAACCAGCCAACACGAUUCGGGAAGCUAUUACUACGUCUCCCCUCCCUUCGCACUGUCUCCUCUUCUGUCAUAGAGCAAUUGUUUUUCGUCCGUUUGGUAGGUAAAACCCCCAUAGAAACCCUAAUCAGGGAUAUGUUACUGUCUGGCAGCAGUUUUAACUGGCCUUACAUGUCCAUUCAAUAAAAUAUUCGAGAGAGAGAGAGAGAGAGAGAGAGAGAAAAUAAAAAUAAAAAUCAAAUAACAAUUGAGAAGGGAGAUGAGAGUGAGAGGAAAGCAAAUGACAUUUGGGUUCUGGUUGUUUCUUAAAUUUCCUUCUGCUAAGAAAGGACGUAAAAGGAUGUUACAAAGUUUGCAAAGUGAAGACAGGGAAAAAAA